AAUUUGACGUCUUUUUUAAAAAACAUCGAAUCGCAUUAGAAGUACAAGUGGCUCAGCAUCGGCUUCAUCACACUAGCUGUUAUAAAGAUGUUAAAAAAAAAAUUCGAAGACGUGAUCGGAAAAAAAGAACCCUAUGUCAAGAUAACGGAAUUUUCUUACUUGAAGUAUGGUAUGAUGAAAAACCAGAAAUUGUCAUCCCUGAAAGAGUACAAAAAAUUAAGUGCUUCGUUAAUCAAGCAUCCCAAAUUUCGAUCUAUAAUCAAUCCAUAAUAUCUAAAACUUAA